AUGGAUAUUUCGAUUGCCAUUCAAUUAAGCUCAAAUCCCCUUUUGGGUUUGCUUAGAAAUCUAUUCAAAGAUAUGGAAAAUUGUAAGCCAACUUUCUGGCCGAUCUAUGCAAUUGUGCUCAUGGCAGCAGCCUUGUAUUGCUUCUACAUUUUCUCUGAUGUAUAUAGAUCCUCUUCCUCCUCUUUUUCCCUCUUGCCAAGUACUCCAGCCAAAAUCAUGGCAUCCAAUUCCUCUCAUACAACUAAUACUGGAAAUUCUUCACUAGCUCCCAUUUUCAGGCUACAGAACAAAUUAGCCAAACAUAUUUGGGAGGUCCCUCCUGCUGGUUCCAAGAUGCCACAUCUUAAGGCUUUCAAACUGAGCAAGAAAUUGGUGCAGCAAAGAGUGAAGGAUAACAUCAUAAUAGUUACUUAUGCUAACUACGCUUUCAUGGAUUUCGUCCUAAAUUGGGUAAAGCACUUGACAGAAUUGGGCAUUGACAACCUUCUUGUUGGUGCCCUGGACACAAAACUGCUGGAGGCUCUUUAUUGGAAAGGAGUACCAGUUUUUUAUAUGGGUAGACAAAUGAGCACAAUAGAUGUUGGCUGGGGCUCACCAGACUUUCAGAAGAUGCAAAGGGAGAAAGCUAUUUUGAUAGAUGCUUUCCUCCCUUUUGGUUUUGAGCUGUUAUUAUGUGAUUCAGAUACGGUUUGGUUGAAGAAUCCCCUACCAUAUCUAGCACGUUUUCCUGAUGCAGACAUCCUGACAUCCACUGAUCAACUUAUACCAACAGUCGUGGAUGACAGUUUGGAGUUCUGUGAGCAAAUUCAUGUUCACUACAAUAUAGGUUUAUUUCAUUGGAGGCCAUCAAAUUCCUCAAAAAAAUUGGCAAAAGAAUGGAAAGAGCUGAUUCUAGCGGAUCAAAAUAUAUGGGAUCAAGUUGUUUUCAAUGACAUUAUCCGCCGACAGUUAGGACCAUUUGUUGAUCAAGAUAGUAAAGUCAUUUAUGCUUAUGAUGGAGAGCUCAAGUUGGGUUGUCUCCCAUCAAGUAUUUUUUGUACCGGGCAUACAUUUUUUGUCCAAAACAUGUAUCAACAUCUUGGACUCGAGCCAUAUGCUGCGCAUACAACACAUCAAUCUUGUGGUACCGAGGGAAAGUAUCAUAGGUUUCGAGAAGCAAAACUUUUAUAUGAUCCACCAAGUUACUAUGACGUCCCUGAAGGCUUCUUGACAUUUAAACCUUCAAUACCGAAGAAUUUGCUACUAGAUGGAGAGCAUAACAUUGAAUCACACUUUGCCCUUGUUAAUUACCAAAUAAAACAAAUUAGAACUGCAUUUGCCAUUGCGUCGUUGCUCAAUCGUACAUUGGUAAUGCCUCGUAUAUGGUGCAGGAUGGAUACUAUUUGGUUACAUCGUCCUGGAGACAUGGUAGGCAGUAUUAUGAGACAACCUUUUGUCUGUCCUCUGGAUUCUGUAUUUCUGGUUGAUGUGAUGGUUAGAGGAUUACCAGAGGAGGAAUUCGGACCAUCGAUAAGGAUUAAAGAGUAUUCUAUACUUGACAAUCCAUCCAUGCCCCGGAAGGUGAAAGAUUCAUGGCUUGAUGUAGAUCUCUGUCACGAGGGAUCACAAGGUUGUCAAGUUUCAUCAUAUGCUACAAUAAAUCAAACUGGAGUCCUCAAAUUUCCAAAAAAUAGCUCUCAAGAAACGUACUGGACUGUAUUCUCACUAUUCAAAGAUGUCAAAGUCCUUCAAUUUUCAUCCAUGGAAGAUGCCUUCAUUGGUUUCACUGACAAGCUCAGGGAAGAAAAGUUCAGGAAGCGUAUGAAGGCAUACAUAGGUAGAUGGUGUUGUGUGGAAGAUCACUCUCCAGGCCACAUAUACUACGACAUCUAUUGGGAUGAAAAACCUGGUUGGAAACCUGAACCGCCUCGAACUCCAGAAGACGACCAUCCACCUGCGUGAAGCUUAUUGUCAACCUAAAGUGGCAGAGAUGAUAAUUUUGUUAGUUGCACUAAUGAAGUGAAGUAAUUUCGGCAGUCACUCUGUAAUUGGAAACAGAAGUUCAUAAUGUUUUAGGCAAGCGCCACGGAUAUCUAAGUUCCAAAAGUAGUGAAACUUGGUUAAGAAGUGAACCCCACAAACUUCUGUUCCAACUCUAUGUUAUGCUAAAUUUGAAUCUUUCUUAGUUUGGAUC